AUGGAAAGCCAAACCGAGAUACGCUCAACCGACUCUUCCGGCAACAGAAGUCCAGUGCCAGCCUUCCUAUCAGAUAAAGCUGAGUCUUCAAGCUCAACAACCAUUAAUUUUCCUAUCAAACUUCAUCAAAUAUUAAGCACUCCAGAAUUCAAUGACAUCAUCUGUUGGCUUCCUCAUGGACGAGCUUGGCGGGUCCAACAACAAGACAGACUUGAGUCUGAAGUGCUGCCAAAGUUCUUCCAACAUAACAAGUAUUCCUCUUUCUAUCGGCAAGUCUACGGAUGGGGAUUUCGCCGAAUACAUUCCGGCCCCGACUUCAACGGCUUCUACCAUGAGCUCUUUCUUCGCGACUGUCCGGAUCUAUCCUUGAAGAUGAAACGACCAUCGAAGACUGAGCGCGCUGAGAGAAAACAAGCCUCAUCAGAAUCACCGCCCAACUUUUACCUCAUGCCGCCCGUAUCAAAAUCGGAGACAGAUUCUUUGGAGGACUCUUCUUCGCCCCCCGCUGUUCCAAUGGGUGAUGAGUAUUGGGAUAACCUGGCGAAUCACUUGUCUAGCAUGCCGUCGUUGGAGGAAAAGGGUGAGUAUCUGCAGCGUGAGCUGAAUCGGCUAGACGCGGAGCGGUCACAAGUUCUUCGCCGUCUGGAAGUGUCGAGAAACGACCAACCAACAGAACCUCAACUGAAUACUCCAUGGAUUCACCAGGUUGAUACAACAAUAUUGCCAUUUGGUACUAGUGGCCACCAAUUGCCACUCCAACGCGGAGAUUCUCGAUCUCAGCAACAGCUUCAUGCACCGACGGAUCCUUGGAUACAGCAGGCAGCGCAAGCGAUAUAUUUGGAACGGCAAAUGCAAUUUCGGCAAAAAGAGGACAGCGGGGAGGGGUAG